ACCGGCUUGUGUUGACUAUAUAGUGCCCUUUGUGUUAAAAUGGCGUCAAUUUGAGAUUCGGCGUAAAAGUGGCGUUGUGGUAACAGGAGAUGUGUUAGGUGGUAUAUUUGUCAACAUGUUUUAGCUUGUCAGAGGACAGACUUUAUCUUUGUCAGGAGAGUUUGAGUAGUUUUUGUUGACAAAAUUGUCUGGAAAGGUACUGGGUUAAAACUUCUAGCAUACUAGCUUUAAAAGUUAGCUAACUAACUAGCUAGCCGGAGUAAUGUUGAGAAAAAGAGUUUGGAGGAAAGCAGCUAGCGAUGCUGUGAGCUGGCAUCAGGAUGAGUCCCUCAACACCACCAUGUUCAUCCUGAAAGAAUUUGGACCGACAGGGUUCCUUCUCAAAGAAGACAGAGAACCCAAAAACUACAAAGUGUUCCUGGGUGAUCCUCACACCUGCACUUGUGGAACCUUCCAGAAGGAGAAGGACCUCUGUAAACACAUCUGCUGGGUUUUGAUGCGCAAAUUUAAGCUACCAAGAGAUCAUGAAUACUCUUUCCAGCCAGGUCUUGUAGAGAGACAGAUCCUGGAGGUGUUACAGCAUCCAUACAGGACGGACAGCGUCCCAUCAGCCCCUGCACAGCUUUGCUCUAGUGAGGAAGACGAUGGUACAAUCAGGCAGAAAGGCAUUAGGGAUGAUGAUAUCUGUCCUAUCUGUCAAGAAGAACUGCUUAGGAAAAGACUUCCAGUGGUGCAUUGCAGGUUUGGAUGCGGAAACAACGUUCAUAUCUCCUGCAUGAAAGUGUGGGCUGACCAUCAGAGCAGGUCCGAGACAGACGGCAUGGUGAAGUGUCCACUGUGCCGGGAGAACUUCAGCACGUUGAAGAUGCUGCUGGAACAGGUGAAAAAUGCGGGUCAGCUGUGUACCUCCUCAGAGAAAGAGCGUCUGGAGAAACACCUGGGAAUCCCAUGCAACAACUGCAGAAUCUGUCCCGUUGUUGGAAAAUGUUUUAAGUGCACUGUGUGCAGUUAUUACCACCUGUGUGAGGACUGUUUUAAGAGAAGCUGUCAUCCUCAACACAGCUUUGCAGUGAGAAUGAAAAGAAAUCAGUCAUGGCAACUAAUGAUGGAAAGCAAGAAAAGCUUAACUGACAAUCAAGAGAUGUACACUAACAUUGAAACUGGUCUCAUGUCAGACUUGGUUCCAGAGCACGUUUUGAAGAUGUUCCCAGUAAUACAAAUUCACCAAAGUUCCCGACUUCUGGAACUGGGAAUACAGUGUCGCCUUUGCCUUCAGAGCUUCCACGUGGGCCAGCAGGUUAAAACUCUCCCCUGUCGACACAAGUUUCAUUCUGGCUGUAUCAAGACAUGGUUACGACAAUCCAUCUGCUGCCCCGUGGACUGGAAUGUCAUCUACAACCCUCUCACAUGGAGUGGUAAUGACAUUAAGGCAGUUAGCACAGCACCUCCUACUAAUAGUGCCCGGAUCAACCUUACUGAUCAGCAGAACACAGAGUUGUUUGUACCGGGUAUUGGCUUGCAGAGAAAAGAAAGAUCUGACGUAUCUAAAGCAGCCCCUCUGGCUCCUGUUUCUCUCGAAUCCAUCAUCCAGAACACCCAGGCCCUCUGCAUCGACAGCACACAUACUGCAACGCCCGAUUCCUGUGAAUCCAGGUCCAUGCAGAGGUGCUUGUCUUUGGAACAAGCUCCAGUCUUUCAGCCCUCUAGAAAGAGAAUGAGUGCCAAAACAUCCUGUCUGAGCUUGUCAUUGGCUCCUGUGGUUGGGAAGAUGGAAGGAUCUGGGGAAACCCAACAGAGCUUGUUUGUGGAUUUCAGUAAGCAUGACAAUAAAGCCCAACGCAAGGCAAGCUCUCUUCGUGGGCGGAUCAGACCAGUGAGGUUGGGGGGUGAUGGUGUGGGUGUACGAACAUGGUCGAACAGUGGAGAUCAAUGCAACCUUGACUUACAGCCAACAAGUAUACCUAUCCGUGCUAAACAUGAAAGGAACUAAGAGUGUGUUUUUCCUUCCUUUUACAUUUAGACACUCUGGUACUUUUAAGACAUCAAGAAAUGCAAUGGAAAUAAACCACUAAAACACAUUACAUCCAACACUGGCUAGUUCCUUUAUUGAUGUGCACAAAAACUGCAAAUC